UUAGGCCAUUCUGGUGCUCAGUAACACUCACUGUUUAUUCUACCCUGCACACUAUCUGGUGCACUAAAAGUGCAAUACAGUACAUUUGGGAUGUAGCCUCAGUCUUAUUUUAAUCAACAAAUUGUGACAUUGAAAUUUAGAUAUUUUUAUUGAUUAAAGUAUGAACUUUGUUUAUCGAGCGUGUAACAUGAUAGCGAGGAGUGAGAGAAACACAUUUAUUUAUUUAAAAUACUUUAUGAAUGAAUGAUGAAUUUAUUUUAUUUUCGAACAUUUUCGAACAUGUAUAAAAAUGUAUGUAACUAUUUGUACAUACAAAAGAAAGAAAAUGAAAAAAAGUGACAAAAAAAGAAUAAAUAAAAUAACCAAGAGCUAAUACAUUACAAUGCACCGCACAUUGUUCGAAAAAGGAGUGGGAAGAAGUACAAUUUUUUUUUUUAUUUUAUUUCCCACCCCUUUUUAACUACCCUGAAAUCCAAACUACAUUAAUACACCUAUAAAAAUAUAUACCAUAUAUACACUUCAUAAUUAUCCAUAUAAAUAUAUAAUUACAAAAAUAUAUACUACAUACCAUAUCUUAUAUAUACUGUGUGUGUGUGCGCAUGAACUCUAUACAUACUCUGAACUCUAUACAUACAUGCAUGUAUGUAUAGAGUUCAGAUGCAAAACCCUCUAAACGCCAUCUCCGUGAAAAAAUGAGUUAAGGAUGUUGUGUGAAUCCUGGUUACAUCUAGUAUAUGUAAAUGAAAAUAUUUUUGUAAAAAAAUAAAAACCACUCCCCGUCUUGUCUAAAAAAUCGGUUUAAUAUCAAACCCCUCUAAACGCCGCUUCGAUUUAGCAACAAAAGCCUCUAUAUUUAACAACCAAUCAGAACGUCACUUGGACUCACGUGCUUUAACGCUAGUAAACAAAGUGUCAUCAAGGAAGCUGCAACUUUAUUCAGAGGGAGAUUUCGUGAAAUGGCAGAUAAUACCAACAUGGAUUACAAUGGCAUGGAUGAACCUGUUCUCCAGACAGUGAAUGGGCGGAGAAAACGUCGCGUUGUUGAAAAUCAUGUUUGCUAUAAAGCGAAAAUGAACAGAUAUAGUGGCGAAAAUACUGAAAAUGGAAUAGCCUGCAAUCACAACAGGUUGAUGUGCGCUGCGGCAAGCUUAACUCAGAACGACCUGGCAUACUUUAAAAAUCAGCUAUACACAUCUAAAGAUAAAGUUGAACAGGACGCUAUACUUCUGUCCCACUUGGAGAUUAUGCCGGUUCAACGGAGGAGGGAACAAGUUGAUGAUGAAGACAAGAGACGGCAGAGAGACGUGACCAUCAAAUACUCCGUUCUGAAGGAAGCUAAAACAAGGGUUCCUGUCUGCCAGGCGUCCUUCAUGAGCAUUUUCUGUGUCAAGAAAGAGAGAGUCCAGGGCAUUGCCAGGCACUGGUUACAAACUGGCAAGGCACGCCCAGAAAAAAGAGGAGGCUCAAGACCAAAUCCUGAAAUAACUGCCAAGGAGGAGGUCAUCAGAAGUCACAUUAAGUCCUUUGCCUGCAGAGCAAGCCAUUACGCCUGACGUGGUGCUCCAGGCAGAAAGUAUCUGCCUAGUGACCCAAGUGUUGCAAAAAUGCAUCGCCUUUUUUCGGAGCAGAAUCACCUUCAAGUGACUUACUCGCUAUAUUGGAGCAUUUUCGUAUAUGAUUUCAACUUGGCCUUCGGACAUCCGGCAAAGGAUGUAUGUUCCGUGUGUGUGUUAAGUCCCGGAUGGCGAUGAAUGACCUUGGCUUAAAAGAAGAGAAACGAGAGAAAAUCCUGCAAUACUCCCUCCACAGACGCCGUGCCCGUCAGUUCUACAAUAUCCUGAAUGACGUGGGGGAUUCCUUCACUGUCUGCUUUGACGUCAUGGAGAACCUUGUCCUGCCGAAAUCUGCCAUAGUUCAGACGUACUACUCCAGGCAACUCUACUACUAUGUCUUUGGAGUGGUGCGUCACCAUGGCAGAGGAGAAUCCCAAAGUAGGCAUGAUAUCCACCUGUACACAUGGCUUGAGUAUGAGAACGCGAAGGACAGCAACAUGAUUGCCUCAGCUCUCCAACACUAUUUCACAGCUGUAGCUGCAGACAACCUCCACCUGUGUCAGUGCCUGCGCCUGUUCUCCGACUCAUGCUAUGGCCAAAACAAGAACAUUAAUGUGCUGUCUAUGCUGUUUGGCCUCCGGUCACAGCUGUUCCCCCACCUCACCAUCAACUAUUUUUUUCCGGUACGAGGACACCGCUUCCUCCCAGCUGACAGGGUGUUCGGCAGGAUCAAACGAGACCUCAGAAAGCACGCCACCAUUCUGCUGCCAGACGAAUACGCAUCCAUACUUCACAGGCAUGGCAAUAUCCAUCAAUAUGGGAGAGAUUGGCAGUGCUAUGAUUUCAGGAAGGAAGCCGCUGCCUUCACCACCCAGCAACGAUCUUUCAAAAUUAGUGACGCCAGGGUCAUUCAAAUAUGUGGGGAAAGGCUGGAUGUCAAGUCUUCUUUUGCCGGGGAUUUUACUCAGCAUUCCGUGCUGAAAAGAGGGAAGAGGUGGCUCCUCUACCUGAUGCCAACUGUGUGAAGCUGGCAAAGAAGAGGGAUGUGCUGAAGCUGUUGUGUGAGUUGGGAGUGCCUGCAACUGUGCAGGAGUUUUACAAUGAUGUCUUGUCAAGUGCAGGUGACAGGGACAUUGCACAAGAUCUGAAGGAUGAGUAAAUUGUUUCCAAUGACUCUCCUGCCUUCCCUGCACACACACACUCCCACACACGCGCAUUCUCAGGGGCACACACGCGCUCAUCAUGCAGAAUACACACACAAACACACUCAGACGCAGCAGCUUCGUAAGCAUACUCGGAGACUACAUACGUGUCAGAUGCAUAAUUCUGUGUGUAUCACUACAUUACUACAUACCUCAUCGUCAUACCUGAGUUUGAUAAUUGUCAUUGCCUAAAACAUGUUUGUCAUCUUAAAUAAUCUUUUGUUCAUACUGUGAAUUUGAUGGCUUGUACCUCCAACUUCAUCUUCAUCAUUUAUUUAUUUAUUUAUUUUUAAUGAGCCAACCAGGGCGGCAUGGUGGUGGUGGUUAGCGCUUUCGCCUCACAGCAAGAAGGUCCGGGUUCGAGCCCCGUGGCCGGCGAGGGCCUUUCUGUGCGGAGUUUGCAUGUUCUCCCCGUGUCCGUGUGGGUUUCCUCCGGGUGCUCCGGUUUCCCCCACAGUCCAAAGACAUGCAGGUUAGGUUAACUGGUGACUCUAAAUUGAGCGUAGGUGUGAAUGUGAGUGUGAAUGGUUGUCUGUGUCUGUGUCAGCCCUGUGAUGACCUGGCGACUUGUCCAGGGUGUACCCCGCCUUUCGCCCGUAGUCAGCUGGGAUAGGCUCCAGCUUGCCUGUGACCCUGUAGGACAGGAUAAAGCGGCUACAGAUAAUGAGAUGAGAUGAGCCAGCCUUGCUUGAUGAGUGGCAUACGCCAAGGACGGGCUCUUGGAUCCUGAAGUAUGUGAGAGAUACCUGACACAUUUGAACACACACACAUUAUGCAUGCACACACGCGCACACUCCUACUACACACACAUUCUCAGGGGCACACACACACUCACCAUGCAGAAUACACACAAACACUCAGACACACUCUCACACAAAAACGCAGCAGCCUCGUAAGCUUACUCAGAGACUACGCGUCAGGUGAACAAGCUGAGUUGAUGUGAACUUUUAACAUAAUUGUGGUUUUUUUUUUAAUAUGUAACUUAUCAUACCUGUUUCAUAAUCUUAAAAAAACCUAAAAUAGUUUUGUCAUCUUAAAUAAUCUUUUGUUCAUAGUAUAAAUUUGAUGGCUUGUACCUCAAUUUCAUCUUCAUCAUUAACUUAUUUAUACCCAUCUAAGUUCUUUGCACUGCUGUGUUUUUGUUAUUGCUGUUACUGUGUUAAUGUACUGACAUAAACUUACCUUUCUUGGCAGAACGUUGCUUGCUGCUGUAUAUUUUGUGUAUAGAUUUUCAUGUUUACAUAAGAUUUUUAUAUUGCACUUUAGUUUUAUUUCAAUGUAUUUUAUUGGGUGUAGUACUUUGUAUCACCUGCUUAGAAAGUCCACUGAUGUGAAGAAAAUAAACCUAUUGGCAUUGUGAUUACACUGU